CCUGGCGAGGGCUCGGGGACACCUGGCGAGGGCUCGGGGACACCUGGCGAGGGCUCGGGGACACCUGGCGAGGGCGGGCCGGGGGUGGGGCCGUCCCCGCCCCUCCGGAGCCUGUCGGUGCCGGCGGUGCGGGAUGCCCGGCCCGGCUCGGCCAGCAUGAAGAAGCACCAGCCGCACUCGGUGCAGGGCACCUUCAGCCGCCUCUUCGGCAAACGCCACUCCAGCCCCAGCGCCGCGUCCCUGUUCGCCACCAACCCGCCCUGGAUCUUCACGCAGGAGGUGACCUCGGACAGCGCGGGUGGCACCGGUGACGUGAUCCAGGUGUAUUACGGUGACAAUCGCUUCGGGACGGUGACAGACUCUGGCACAGCAACGCUGAAACCGCGGCCGAGGGUGCGGCCGCUGCUGACGUUCCUGCCCCUGAACGCCCAAGAAUCCCAUGGGGUGGCUGUGCCAACGCCGUCGGUGCCAGAAGACUUUGAGGAAAAGGCAGCUCUCGGCUCUGGCUCCCAGCUCAAUGGCAAUUACCGGAUGUACAGCUCGGUGGGGGACCUGCGCCCGCAGGCCCUCGAUGGGGAUGACCUGGAUGAAGACAUCCCCCCGCCGCCAUCGGUACCCCCUCCACCCCCUCCGGCAGCGCCUCUGCCACCCGCUCUGGCCUCGCCGGUCCCUCCACCCCCCGAAAUGCUGCCACCCCCGCCGCCUGAGAUGGUGCCACCACCUCCUGCCAUGGCAGCCCCGCCACCUCCUGCCUGUGCCCUGUCCCCUCCCAGCACCCCGGCUCCUCCAGACUUCAUCCCUCCGGCCCCACCGGGGGUCCGGGACCCCGCGCCCUUCGGCCCCGGCAUCUCCAAGUGGAAAUCCGAGACGGUGCUGAACACGAGGCAGGCGGAUGCCGAGGGGCCGCUGUGCCCUGCCGAGCCCGGGGAGCCCGCAGCCCCCAGCCCCAAGGAGAGCCUGCAGCCCAAGCCCGAGCCCCACCUCACCUUCCCCAGGUCGUUCAAGGUGCCGCCGCCGGCCCCUGCGCGCUCCUCAUCCAUCCCAGUGCAGGAGGGCCAGCCCGGCCAGCAGGAGCCCGUCCCCAGGCAGCCUCACGCCCGGCCACCCCUCCCACCCUGCUUCACCAUCAGACCCGCGGCCAAGGCACGGCCGGGAGAAGCCGAGCAGGGAAAUUCCGGGCUCAGACAGGGCAUUGGGAAGCCGGCUGUACCCCCUCCUCUGAGCCCCAAGCCGGGCCCAGGGCUCAGCCAGGGGGUGAAUCCUGCCGGCCGCCGGUCCCCACUGCCAGGCUCUGAGGUGGAGAAGAUUCCCCAGCUGAAAACAGCCGGGAGAGACUCCCCUCCAAAAUCUGAACCUCUCACUGCGAACGACCUGGAUCUCCCUCCUCCGGACUACCCGACGUGCGAGGAUGACUGGAAGGAUGCCAGCAACCUGAACAAGCUGCGGGAUGAGCUCUCAGCCCUGCUGCGCUCCCCACGCCGGGAGGAGAGGCCGCUGGAGAAGCCGGCUGCUCCCCAGCCCGGGGACAGCACUCCCAGCCGUGCUGGCAGCCGUGAGCCGGGGCUCAGCGAGCCCCAGCUCGCCAAGAAGGACACAGGGUUAUCCAAGGAAGGGGAGAGGGAGAAGAAAGAAGUGCCUAGCAGCCCUCCCAGCACCAACGGGGGCUCUCCCAGCACUGCAGUCACCGCCCCGGAGAGCAGCCCUGACACACAGCCCCGCAGCGUGAUGACGAUCAGGAACGAGCUGGAGGCUGUGCUGUCCCUGAAGAAAGAGGGGAAACCUCUUGUGGGGCUCAGCAGCCAGAAGCAGGGUGUGGAGAAUGGCAUCAGCACCCCACCAGUGAGGAAGAGCCCCCCUGACACAAGUGACUCAGUGGUGCCACAACCGGUCCCCAGCCUGCUCCCAGCCCCGGUGGCUGCUGCGAAGGAUGAGACAGAUCACAAGGACCAUCCUGCUCCUACUCCUGCUCCUGCUCCUGCUCCUGCUCCUGCUCCUGCUGCUGCUCCUGCUCCUGGCAAGGUCACAGAGAACGUGAGCCCUGCUCCGGGGUCCCUCAACAGCAGCGUGAGUCCUCCAGACCCACCCCAGGGACCAGCUAAGGAGCCCUCUGCUCCCACCCCCUCCUCACCCCCUGCGUCCCCUGCACAGAGCCCGGCACCAGAGCCCAGCUCGGCCAUCUUCCAGUACAAAGUGCACCGGGCUGGGGCCAGCUCGGCCGAGCCACACUGUGCCCCGGGCUCAGCUGAAGCCCCCUGCCCCAGGAGCUCGGCCAGGAGCCCCCCGGACAUCUCGGGAGCGGGGCAGGAGGAGGUGCUGAUCCACCCCGUGACGGGGGAGCGCGUGGAGCGGGGUUCACCCAUGGCCCUGCUGCUGGCAGCCCGGCAGCGCGCCCAGCGGGGCCGCCAGGGCGGGGAGGGGGCGGCCGUGCUGAGGGCAAAGCCACCCCUGAGACUCAGCAGUGCCUCGUCAGACACCACCUCCAGCAGCUUCUUCCGCCACGAGUCCAAGCCCUACUCCUUCACUGUGGUGCCUCGGCCGUCCGCGGCCAGUCCAGCGGGGUCCGGCUGGAGCAAAGCCCCCUCCUUCUCCAGCUCCUCGGAGCAGGGCAGGGCCGGGCGGGCGGUGGGCGAGGCACAGCCCCCCGGGCCCCGGCGAGCCGCUGCCUCCAGCCUGCUCCGGGGCCUGCUGGACUCGGGGCAGCCGAGCCAGCCUGGCCCAGCCCACCACGGAGUGCCCAGGGAGGAGGAGAACGGGGACACGGCGCUGGACUUCGGGAUUAUCCCCCCACCCCCCGAAUUCAGCAACGAGGCGGACGAGGGUCCCCUCCCGAGUCGGGAGGAGAACCGCAAGUGCCCCAGUGUCCCUGAGAGCACCCGGAGCUCAGGCGAGCCGCGCUAUUUCAGGUGGUCUGGCUACAGCCGCAGCUACGGGGGCAACCAGGAGCCAGCAGCUCCGCUGCCCUUGGAGAAGAGCUGGAGGAACGGCAACUUCACACCCCAGUACCCGGAUUACAGCAGCUCCACGAGUUUCCCCAGCCACGGCCCCAACCCACGGCCGCUGAUCAAGAAGCGCCUGUACAUGUCAGAGCCCGACAGCUCCUACCCCCGGGCAGCUGCAGCCCCCCGGGCCUCGGGGACCCUCUCCUCCUACAGCACCGGGGGGUUCGGCUCCACGGCCGGGGAGGGGUCUCGCCGCCUGGGCUCUGCCCACAGGAACGGCCCCUCGGGCACCCAGGGCAGGCGGGCGUCCACGGACGCUGCUGGCAAAGGCACGGCGUACGGCGGCAGCGGGGCUGACACCAAGUACAAGGGGCAGAACGGGGACUUCUCGCCCGGCAGCGUGCUGACAGGCAGCAGGCCUGCCCACGGCACCCCGCACUACGGGGCACCCUCCAACACCUUCACGGUGAGGCCCGGCACGCGCCAGCCCAUCUCCUACACCUACCAGAGCCACCGCUAGGCCGGACCUCGGGGCCGCCCCGCCGGCGUCCGGCUGGCAACGGCCGAGAGGGUGCCUGGCUUGGUCCUUUCCUUCUCUACAGCACCAGGGACGGUCCCAACCCAGCCUGAAAACGUUCCUGCUUGAAAUUGCUGACGGAGGUGGGGAACGAGCCUGAGACUCAGGCUUAUCUCAAAAGACUGUCGAGGAGAGUUGUUACUGCGGAGGGCAGGCCGCUGCCUUGUUACAUGAGCAAAUGUGCUUUCCUUUUUUCCCAUUUUCCCUCCUGGAUUAUUGUCAGAAUUGCAGACUGAUAGGCCAUCUAGGAAAGCCAAAGAGCAUCCUCAGCUCUCCUUAAAGAGCAUCAGCACUGGAAAGAUUGAUUGCAGUUUGUUUGUUAAUUGGUUUAACACCAGCAUGUUUGUGAGCAGGGAGAAACCGGCUGAGAGAUGUGCACAGUGGAAGCAAAGCAGUGUAUAGCUAAAUGUCAGGGAUUAAAAUAAGAAUGUGAGGCCAGUGGGAUAGGAGGAGAUGCCUAGAUCCUGAGCCUUUCUGUCCUUCAAGAGUUUGGAGCAAAUCAAUUCUGCCUUAAACCCAGCCCUGGGCAGUCAGUGCCUGUCCUGCCGAGCAGGGCUCCGACCCCUCCUCCAGGAGCUGCUUCGGGAGCAGGGGCCUUGCUUUGCUGUGCCUUUUGGUCACUGUAAAUGUUUCUGUUGGUAAUUAUUCCUCAUGGAAGGAGGCUGUGAGGCCUGGCUGGAUGGCUGUAAAGCACUUUGGAGACAUAGGUCAUGGAGCAAUCCUUUUCCUUGGGCUGGUGGGUGUCCACCACUCGCCCAGGUGCUGGGCUGCUGAUGCUGUCCCCGAGGGGUCUCUUGCCACAUCACAGCCCUGUGACCCCAAGAGUCCUUAUUCUACUUAUUCUACUGAGAUUGGCUUUCAUGUGCCUGCUUUGAAGCUAAAUUUCAGUGUGACUGUAUUUAUCCUGGUGGUGUUUGGGGUGUCUGCAGGGAAAGGAGCUGGCUCCCGCUGUUUCCCUCGGUGCUUUUCCAGGUUCUGGAUGUGCAGAGCUGCCCCUGAUUCCCGCUGGUGCCUCUGAGCAGCUGCUGGUGGACACAGGGGUGGGAGCUCGGAGUAGCCUUAGAGGGUUUCAGCUUCCAGAGUGAGCAGUGGGGUCUCACGACAGCUGACCUGAGUUGUGAAUAAUUCCUGAAGCUAGAAACAGAGAAUCUUCCUCCUAGGUAAACUUGCUGAAAAUCACUGUAAAAUAACUGUAAAAACUUGUAGAGAAUAUUUUCUAAUCACUGGCAAACUAAAAGCACUUUGAGACAUGAGUCUAUUUUUAUGGAAAGCACUUUCUAUUUUCAAUGCUAUAAAUCCCACUGGUUCCACUCCAGCUUACCCUGCCUGGCACACACCUGGAUGUGGCCUGCAAGCAGAUCUUGCUCAUUCAGCUCAAAAUCAGGGAUAAAUUUUCCUUCACAGUUGAAUUCUCAAAAGUUAUCUUGAUAUUCGAGUCAUGUCACUGGCAUUCUGUGUUUUGUGUUAUUUCCAGCUUUACCUAAUAAUUUAACAUCCCUUUCAGACAUUGCAGCAGCUUUAAAGUAUUCUGAACUUUACUUUGCUGUGAAUAAAAUGGAAAUGCAAAUACAAUAAUCAGUCUAAUAGCUAAUUCAAAGGACAUUUUUAUGCCAGUAAGUCACAGUGACUUGGAAGAUUUCCAUUGUUCACCCCAGCUAAUAUUGAAAUAAUAGGCUUUAAAUACCUGGGUGCUGGAAUUUUAUGGAGAAAAGUGACUAUGGAGCAAUUAUAAGGACAUUUAAGUGUGCCAAGUGUCAUGUGGAAUACCACCUACCCUAAAACAUGGAAUUUUCUCUAUGCAAGGAGAAUCUUGAGCAUUCUCAUUCAUUUGUAGAAGUAAAUCCUUGAUCCUCCUUCAGGGCCUUCAGGGUCAUGUUUUGCUAUUGGAUGAAGUUUCACCAGUUUAGCUUGAAAGCAAACAAAGAAGUCUCUUUGAUAAGGUUACAAUUUAAUGUUUUUUUUUCUUCUUGAUAGUUUUUGUUUGUUUGUUUGUUUUUCAAAAUAAUAAGCUAUAAUUGCAAAUGAGCUCUCAAAAACAAUUUUAAGGCUGGGUGAUUUCAGUUUUUGAUACUGACUUUGCCCAGAAAUGGUGAGGGCAGGGGGUAUGUGUGCAAUCUUCCACCUCAAGAAUUCUUCCAAAUUACAAUCUCCCCAACACAAGUUUGUUUGCUUUUUUUGGUUUUGUUUUUUUUUUUUUUUUUUGUAGGGAAAAAUGUGACACUCCAGUGUUGGCACUUGCUUUAAAUGUCACAUUUACUACUUCAUCCAGACACACAGUUCAUGUGUAGCUGAAAUAUGGUCUUAGACACCAUGGAGUGUGUCACUUCUAGCAGACAUAGUUGUUCUAAUUAAGUAUUAGAAGCGUGAUAAUAGAAGUCAGCUUUAUAAAAUAGCCAUUCUUCACUCAAGAACAGAUUCUGGGACUGCACAGGGGCUGUCACUGAAUCAGGCUGGACUCUGCUUCCAGUUGUAGGACUGGUUAGCAUGCAGGCUUUCAGCAGCAGAACACUUCUAUUCUUCAGACCCUUUGGACUAUCCCUGCUGCUUUUGAAUGCCUUCAGCACAUUCUGGUAUUUGAGAAACAACUCACCAUUGAUUCUGGGGCUGCUGUGACAAAGGAACCACUGUCAGAGCUGUUGGCAGCCAGAGCACUUGGGGACAGUGAGAUCUCUCAGGAGGUGAGGACUGCAGGGAUGGGGGAGAGCCUCCUCUUCCUGGGGCAGGUAACUCUGUCAGGUUCUGUGGAUAAACUGCUCCUGGUCCUGCUCCUCCCAGCUCUUUCACUAGGGAAAUUUAGCAACACAGUGAGAAGAAACAAAACUAAGGGGUGUUAAUGGAGCAAAGCACCCUGCCUCAGCCCAGUGCUGAGAGCAACCCUGAGACCUGAGUGUGGAAUUAUUCUCACUUCACCCUCUCUGAUGCAGUGUGGUAAUUCAAGUUGUGAUACAACUUAAAUUAUCCCCUGCAGCUGCCUCUUCCUCACAAGUUCCUGCUAGGGGAGUGUAACAGAGCUUUAGCUGUAAAGUAUUGAACAAAGUCUUUUAUUUAUAAGUGCCAUUGAACACCAACCUUCUUGCAUUAAACAUUUCUGGAUGUUUUAUUACAUGUGUGGUAUGACUUUUUUUUUUAAUGUUGCUUACACAGUCUUGUCUGCUGGAGGAUUGAGAAGUUUGCACAUCCUUGAAAGGAUGGGAAAAUGUAGCUCAGUAAAGUUUGAAUUUCAUCUUACCUAGAACUUGGUCCAAUUUCUCUGAGCAGUUCAUCCAAAGCCUGUGGCCAUUUCAGUGUUUUAGAAGCCCAGUCAAGGCAGGAGGGGGCAGCUGAGCCCCAAGAGCUCUGUCACUCACACCCAGCUGCUUGGGCAGGCUGGCACAGGAGCAGAUUCUAUAAAUAGUCCUGGGCUUGGAGCCCUUCAUUAGGGAGAAACUCUCAUACCUGGUACAAGUCCCAACUCGAAUGCUGUGCCCAAAGCUGCAAGCACAGUGAGCAAUGCAAGCAGCAACACAAAAGGUUUCUCUGCUGCUCUCCACUCAGAAUUAAACUGAUUAAACUGAUCUGCAUUCUCAUCUCCAUCCAGCCCUGGCUGCAGAAGCAGGCUGUGAGGGAGGAAAGGGGGCCAUGUGUGCCUUGAAGCUCCUACUGCAGCCACAGUGGAUGUACCCAGGUGUCCCCAAACCUGAAUGGGGUGUGGUGCAGGGACAGCUGAGCAAGCCACAGACCCCACACAAUUCCCUGCAUUCCCUGGCAGGGAGCUGCAAAACCAGCAAGGAUUGAUGUGGGAUUGCUGGUGUUCUGCUACGCUGCUCACGUGUCUGUGUGACUUUCCUGCAGCCUUGCCAGCACUGGUACAACACCUCUGGUCCAAACUGCACCCCAGGAGUGACUCCUGAACUGCUGCUCUUCUGUGCUUCUCUGAGGAGUGAAAAACUCCAGGUGCAGGUGCUGGAAGCCCCAGCAGCAGAUACUCCUCCAGGCAGAGCUGGGCGGUGCUGCCGUGCCCUUGUCGAGGGCAGCUGCUGCCAUCCUGUGGCACCACAAACACCUGCCAGAUGCUGAAGCAUUGAGGGUUCUUCAGUCUUUAAUUGUAAAGAAGUUUAUUUAUCACCUGCUCUCCCCACAGGCUUCACCAUCCACCAGGAGUCUUUUGCCAGGGACUGCUGUGUUUUGCUCAGGUGUGGCAAUAUGAGCAACCUAAUACGGUUUAAUGUCUGAUAUUUGAACUUUUGUUUUUAGCUGUGCAUGGUGGAACCCCACAGUUCUGGAAAGACUUCCUGGAAAACAGCAGGACCCAGAGCCUGCUUUGCACCAGGUGCUGAAGAACUGUAGUACCCUGGCAUUGAACAGGAAUACGGUGAACAUUUAUUUAAGAACAGUUUUAAUAUCAGGGACUGAAAUCACAACUUGAAGUGUGUGGAUGAUCUCAGCUUGCUCUUCAGUGCUACAGAAGUGGCCCAGUGAAACUUAAACCCAGUUACAAAUGAAAACCAUCUUCCAAGACAACUGUUUCAGAACCAGCACAAGACCUGUUUCAGUACAGCAUCACAGGUCCCUAGCAGGGGACUCUGUGGUUCAAGGGGUAUUUCUGAGGAAAUGUCUAUUUUGAUCAUCAUUUACCAUUUCUUGUCAUACACUGCUCUGGAACAGGAAGUUGCUGUGAACAUCUGUAUGACACAGGAAUUUAAAAAGCAGCAAGUGAGAUUUACAAAGAGUAUGAGACAAGUACAGAGCCUGGGGAAGCUUAGUCUGCCUAAAAAUUCAUUGUGGGCUUUGCACAACUAAACCUAUGUGUAUGCAGAGAUAAAAACUGGAAGCAGUGUACAUUUAAGUGCUGCUAUCAUGCUAAAGAACUGGGGGUAACACUCAUUUCAACGGUAUUUUUGUUUCAUCUGUCAGGACUUGCUUAAUUCUGUCUAGGAAAUACUAGGCCAGACCAAGGCAUACCUAGAGCAGCAGCAAUGCAUGCAGAGCAGUGACCUUCUCCAGGUAAACAUGUUCCAGGGAAACAGCUGAGUUAGAAAUGUAUGUGGCAUUUGACAAAAACACCUCUACAGGUUCUGUGGAGUCUGGUUUGGGGGUAGGGGACUGUCCUGUCCCCUCAGUGCCAGCACAAGAAGUCACUCAUCACAAGUGCAUGGAUCUGGGUUAUCACUAAGCAGAGUCUGCAACAGAAGCAAGCAAAUGACAACUCAAGUCCUUAGUCCAGUUUUUCCCUCACAGAAACCUUUUGUUCCCAGGUCUCAUCCUUGAGGAAUGCCUUCAGCACAGAGGAGAUGAACCGUGGUGUCAGAGCACAGCACCCACUCCCUGCUGGCAGCCCAGGAUUCCAGCACCAUGCCAAAGGUGCUGGGCUGCAGCUGGGAGCCUCACUUCCCACCAGGGCACAAGUGGUGCUCACCAGAGGCUCCAGGCUGCCACUGGGGCUGAGUCCUCUCCACCACAUGCUGCAUUAAGGACGGCACUGGAACCCCUUCAAGGGCUAGAAGCCCUU